AUGUUCAGUAACCGUAACAACACCCAGAAGCCUGAUGGCGACUUCAUCAGUCGCUUUCAACAAGCCUUCUCCGACAUUGUCCCUCGCAGGGACAGCGAGGACUCGAAGACCCGACCAAAUCUUGACGAAAAUUGCGAUACUAUGAUGGCUUCAAGGAACACAGAAAAUGAUAUGAAAUUGCCCACCCACGACCGCACUCCUCGGAAUAUGCAAGAGCUAGGCUUGACCCCGUCAUGGAUGGAGCCUGGUUCUUUUUCCAUGAUGCCGUUCGGCGGUCACUCUGGUCUCUACACACCAAACUCUGGUGGACUGGGUGCUAUCUACCACAACCAGGCUGGUGAUUUGCAUACACCAACAGGAAUGCACAUGAUGACUCCGCUCUCCCUCGCCAAUCCCAUGCAUGGCUCCCACCAUCAUCCAAACAAUGGCUUUGAACCCUUCAACCCACACUUCCUCGCUAGCAUGCCAGAUAUCAACCCAUACGCACAGCACGCACAGCACGCACAGCAAGCGUCAUAUGCCCCAAGCGCAUUUAUGCACCGCAAUUCAAAUUACAAUGCCAUGGACGAAGCAGUUGAUGAUUCCUCUGUCAAUGACAUGAACAUGGAUUCGGCGUCUAAUAUAACGGCUUCUACAGACUUCUCAGCCCCAGCAAUUUCAAACGACGAUAUAUCUUACGCGAAGGGCGAACAAUUUCGAUUUAAUGUCUCUCUCCGAGCACCAACCGCAAUGGUUAAGAACCUGAGAGAAAUUCCAGUCACCUAUCUUAAUAAAGGACAAGCAUACAAUCUAUCCAUCGCGGACUCGAGCUCACCCACCGGCAACUCUCGCCCCACUCGAUACAGAACCUAUGUCCGCAUUUCUUUUGAGGAGCAAGAGCAAAGGGCAAGACCCUCAGCAUGUUGGCAGUUAUGGAAGGAAGGUCGAGGUUCCAGCGAAGCUCACCAACGUGGUGGAAAGUUGUUGGCCGUCGAAUAUGUGGAUCCUCUUCAGGGCGGCGGCGAUUCUCAUAAGCACCGUCAGGUACAAGUUGAGAAAUUAUCAGUCGAUGGAUUCUGCGUCACAUGGACCGCCAAUCCAAUGACUGGCUCCGCGGAUUGCAACAUUCCCGUGAGGUUCAACUUCCUCUCUACCGAUUUCAGUCACUCCAAGGGCGUCAAAGGCAUCCCUGUAAGACUAUGCGCGAAGACUGAGCUUGUUUCCCCGGGUGAAGCAUCUGGUGCGUCACGCGACAUGGAGCUAUCUUACUGUAAGGUGAAACUUUUCCGGGACCAUGGCGCUGAACGGAAAAUGUCCAAUGAUAUUGCGCACGUCAAGAAGACCAUCGACAAACUCAAGCAGCAGAUUUCUCAGGCCGAAAUGGGUGGUGGUUUUGCUAAACGGAAGCGCGGCAACAACACAACUGUAGCUUCAAAAGGAACCGACCGUUCUAUGAAAAUGUCGAAGCACAAACGCACUUGGUCCCAGAGCUCCGACAACUCAGAGAAACCGUGCUUGGAAGAUGACCUCCAAUCAAAACUGAGCGUCAUGCAAGAGAUGUUCUCAUCAACUCGUUCAGUGAGCGUGCUGGGAUUGCGCGGCGACCAACAGGAUGACCCUGAUCUAUACCCCAUUCGAUUGCCAGGUGAUGCGGAAUCCGUCAAAUUCGAGACUAUCGGCCGGACUGGCACUGGUGAUUUCUCGUCCGCGGAAGUAUUAAUGCCUUCACCGGAAAGCAGCAACCCUUCUGAAAAUUCACCACACCCCUUCUCGCGUUCGACGACGAUUCAAAAGAACCCAUCUACCGAUCAAAUCCCCAGGGGCUUCCUCGAGGCUGUGGGUAUCGACUCAACCUACCGACCUCCGUCGGAGCGCUCGCCCAAACCAAUUGCCUGCUUCUAUGUUCGUUUCUCGGGAAACCAGGAGAACCAGCAGGACUUUUAUCGCGCUAUCUAUCUGACUGAACGUACGGUUCGUGACUUUAUGCAGCAGAUCUCUAGCAAGCAACAGAUUGAUCCGAUGCGUAUCGUUAGCAUAAAGCACAUUACCGAAAAUGGAAUGCAAAUCAUGCUGGAUGACGAUGUGGUUCGUGAGCUUCCCGAGGGGCAAGAUAUGCUUGUCGACAUUUCGACAACCUCGGGCUCCUUCGAUGCGCCUGACUCGCCAAUUGAGAUCAAAUUAACCUUUUAA